GCCUCUGACAUCACCCUCAAUAUGUCUUAUUCCACUGUAGGGUGACACUGAUAGAGCAGCACAAGGGUGCUGGCUUCCACUCACUACCUUGUCAAUAGAGACGGUGGGGUGAGUCUGCCCGUGGACCUUUUCAGACGUGGUAUCUCAGUGCAUUGCUCAUGCUCAAGUGAGGUUACAAGUCAACAGUGGCUCAAAGUGUUUGAAGAGCCAUUAGGGAAGGUUAUAUUCCCUUUUCCCUCUUCCUCAAACCUAUCCUGUGACCUCCGGAUCCUGCACUUCAUGAGGUCAACUGUGCUGGUAGAAGAUCAGCAGGGCAAACCUCAUCUUUCACAGAGUCGAAGUGAACUGCUCAGCUGCACCAGAGUUCAGCCAGAUGUAGUUACAACAACUCCUCUGCCUCCCUCCCUGCUCCUGUCAGCGCAGCCCACGGUGAAACCCAAGACUCCACUGCUGUAACUCUGCCCGCGGAGCCUGGCUGCUGCCCUGGUCGUGUGGUCUCCUCCAUCUGUCUCCUUGGGAUCAUCAAUGCAUCCUGCUUUCCGCAUCUGGGAUUAGCUUGUGCUGUGGGCCACUGGUUGCAGAGAAGGGUUGGUUAAAGGAGACAGAGAAAAGGAGCCCACAGGAAGGAGUUUCUGCUGUCAGAGGGGUGAGCAUGGCCAGCAACUCCAGUGCACUGCCCCGGGUGACUUUCCAGACACCAGAGAAGCCUGAGGAGGAAUCAUCACACAGGAAACUGGGCAAGUUAACCAUCAAGUACAACCGCAAAGACCUGCAGCGCUGGCUGGAUCUAGAGGAAUGGAUCAACACCCAACUGCAGGAGCUGUACCAGUGCCGGCUAAGAGAGGAGACAGAGGCAGCAGCUCCUGAGCCACAAAUUGAUCUUGAAGAUCUGCUGGAGGUCCCUAAUGAAGAACAGAAAUUAAAACUACAGGAAAUCCUCCAUGAGUGCUCCAACCCAACAGAGGACUUCAUUACAGAACUGCUCAGUCGAUUGAAAGGUCUCCGGAGAGUCACCAAUCCUCAGAAGAAAUGACCUUGCCCCCGUGGAACACCCAGCUUUGGUCACAAGGGAAUAUGUAUCUUCCCCACAAAACCCAGGAUCAGCAACAUCACUUCAGAAUAUGUUUAAGACUUACUGUUAUUGAGGAAACAUCACCAAGUUUGUGAACUUCAUACCAGUGGUUUGAAGUCUCAGCUCAUCCCAGAUCUACGCAUACAGCAGGGAGCUAGACUGUACAUAUUCCUGAUUCUUAAAGGGCAUGUUAACCUGGGGAACAGGCCAAGAUGUCCCUCCUUUAGUUUCUUCUAGGAAUUUCCAUGCUGGCUGAGAAGCACUGAAUACAGUUCUCAGGAGCUCAUCAAGACUUCUUUCUUUCCGUCCACUGCAAGGAAAACAAGGCAUUGGUUAUCACUCAUUCAUCAACAUGGAAAAUCAGUUACUGUUAAGCUGUACCCUGUUUCAGUCUGACUGGGACCCAGCUGUGAUCUCCUGCCUGUUACUGCUGUACCUGACUGUACAGCAUUGCACGUACUUUGUAGGUCUUAUUAAGCCUCUGUUAUCCCCGAUGGUUGGACAGAAAAUACAUGGUAGGAUGGAAGGAAAAUGUGUGCACCUGAUCUACUUAAGGGGAAACAACUGCUAAGGUUAAUAGAAGAGACUGUUUUUCCUUUUUGUGGAAUUUAGGACUUGCUUCUUUAGAAGACACAUUUAAACUAUUAAGAUCUGGGAAUGAUUUUUGUCAUCAUUUAGAAAUGGAAAAAUGCUUAUUUUGUAUAUUAAACCAGAGAA